CCCAUAUAUAUACAAGUACCCCCUGUCUAUUUCGCAAUAUUUAUUAUUAUGGCAUUUAAUCCAGUGUGGAAGUGUAGUCCGAUAUUAGGCAUGACGUCAUGAAGACGAGAACUCUUUUUUGUCUCAUUGCCAUUGUUUUAUUGUUGGCGUUGAUAGAAGCAAGGGGUGGUGGAAGGGGUGGUGGAAGGGGCGGAGGACGAUCAUCCAGAUCCCGCUCAGGAUCUCGGUCAUCAAGGUCUGGAUCCAGAUUUUCAAAAUUUUCUGGAUAUAGAAUUUCUUCCAAACGACAACUUCGAGCUGCGAUUUUGUCAGGAACAGUGUAUGGUGCGAGGGGAUGGAAGAGUAGAUACAGCCACUGGGAUAACAGGAAGUUGCCCGAGGUGUGUUACAAUGAUAAGUACAACAUGACCCAGGAUGGCAACUCCACUUACCAUGGGCGCUUCCUCUGCCCCACGGACAGGAGUAUGAGGGGUGACAAGACCUACUGUUGCGGAAGGACGGGGGAGCAGUACUGCUGUUCUUUCUGGGAAGAUGGAGGUCGCGUGGCGGGCGUAGUUAUUGGUCUCCUUGUUCUCGUGGGAAUUGUCAGCAUCACCGUCUACUAUUGUAUCAAGAAAAGUAUCAGGAAUAGGUGGAACCGAGAUUUCUUCCGCACCCCUUCAAAGGACCACCAACAAAUGCCUCCAGACGACCAGGACCAGAAUGCACCACUGCGGACACACCACCAGGAUUCUAAACCUGUUCCAAUGGUAGGGUCACCAAUGGGAGAUGCUCUUUACACUGCUUCUCAGAUUGACAUAUAUCCCUCUUGCCCCCCUCCGCCCUAUGAACUCGCCUGUAAAUCCUCUGGAGAUCUACCAUAUGACCCAAAUCCAAGCAUUGAGAAACCUCCAAGGCCGUCUAAAGGAUUCUAAUGGAUUUCUGCGCUAUUCAACAGCCCCACUCCUCAAUGUACCACAGUAUGGGGACACACCUUACUCUACAGGCAAUCCCUCCAGCAAUCCUACAAGUUACUAACCCAUUAGAAACAUACCCUAUCUAUCAAAUAAAUCCCCUUACCCUUUCCAAUAAGAUGUGUGUCACAGUGUGAUGCAGUCAUUGCAGUUUUAUAUGGUCAACAGGCAGACAUUUGAUACAAUAUCCUUGAAACAUGUAUUUUUACUCAUCUUAGUUUUUUUGUAUUUUUGAAAUUUUAGAAGAUUUUUAGUCUUCUCAUGUUUUGAAAAUUGUGAAAUUGACAAAUUGAAUGUAAUUUGACUUAUUAAUAAAUUCCGUCAUCAAGAUUUUGCAUGAUAAUAAAGGCCAACUUGUUACCAUUUUUACAUACUUUUUUCACGUUAGCCUUUCUUUAGCCCUCCCAUUUUAAAUACAGUUUAACAAUCGUCAUAGUAAGGGAUUAAAAUCCAUUCCAUUUUGGGGAAAAAACCUUUUUUCAUUUGAGAUUUUUGGCCACUUUUAUAAAGGUUUCUUCUAUGAAGAACUCUAUGAAAUAAGCUGGGUGUUCAUUCUAUUCAUCUUUCGAGGGUUUCUGAAUCACCCCGCUUCUUGUGAGAAGUGGAGCGAAUCAAAAACUUUGUCUUGGGAAGAUUCAUUUUAUUGUACGAGAGAACAACUCUUAAAAUUGAUCCAAAAUAAUCCUUCAGUGUUUUAGCAACCAAAUUUGAAUUAUUGUUUCUUUUGUUGUAAAAUUGUUUUUUUAUCAUCUAUUUUUCUUUAUUCAUUCUAUUUCUUAUAUUCUUUUUUCCUAUUAUCAAGAAAUUUAUCAAUUUUUUUAAUGACGUUGCUGUCAUGCUUGCAACUCCCAAAAAUGCAAUGUAAUAAAAAUGUUUGUUUACAUAUGGACAUGUAUUAUCUACAAGAUUAUAUUAUUGCCAAAAUGUUUUUAUUGGUUACCAGAAGUUGGUAUAUAGCAGCGGUGCAGGAGCUUUGUGUAAUUUUUCAAUACUUUUCCCCCUAUACAGGAAAUGUUUAAAAGGCUCAAAUAAAGUUGCUGUUUUUAUAUAUUUUUUUCAAGUAUCAAUUAUUUGUCCUAUAUCUGUCUUAUGAAUAUUUUGAAUUGCAAUUUUUAUCCUUUUCAAAUUCGUAUGUUUUGUUAAAGUUAUGAUAUAUCCUUUGCAUAGUUUUCAUAUUUUUAAGACAAACAAUCAAAUUGUGACAGAUUGUGGCAGAGAAACGGUAAUAAGUACAUGGCAGUUAAGUAAAAAAUUCACUAAUGUAUUUGUAAUCUGUUUUAUUCAAUUUGUACUAAGAGAAUUUUCUCUUUAAAAAUAAUACUUUAGGGUGUUAAUUGGUUAUGGUUUUUUUUAUUUAUUUUUUUAUCGGUCACGUCCUUUCAAUUUCAAUUAUAAAUUAUUUAUUUUACUUUAUCUGUAAAGACGUGUACAAAUAGUGCAUAUUUCUACAGUUAUUUUGUUAAUCAUCGAGGCAAGCACAGAUUCAAACUUGGGAAAGGCUGAUUGCAUAGAGAUAUGUACAGUGCAUUUUGAGCUAAUGUUACCAGUUGUGUUAGUAGAUAUUUUUGAAAAUGUUGUGUAGUUUUUACUAUGUACAUCAUAAUUUUGUUUCAUUAUUUAAUUACAACUGAGAAUUCAAUUAAGUUUUAAAUUAAAAUGAAUUUCAGCCUCUAAAAAUUGCCAUUUUUUAUAUUUUUGUUGUUAUUAUAAUUAGUAAAAUUUUAACUAGGUGCAAAACAGAUGAACAUUUUUCCCAAUAUUUAAACCAUGGAGGAGGUUUAAUUUGAAUUAAAGAUGUAAUUACUAAUUGCCAUAACAAUCUACAUGCAGUUUAAUGAAAUUAAUUUUGUCUAUUGUCAAUAUCCAUUCCAAUCUGACUUUUUGCAAUAUUCUUUAUCAUGAAGAUAGAAUUGCAAAGAUUCCUUCAACACCUGUAGAUAUACGCAAAUCCAUUUCUUCUGGUCUUUUAUCUUAUUUAUUCAACAAAUACAAGGUUUAAAAAUAUAUAGCUUGUGUAAAAAUUUUGAAAUGCAUAAAUUUGUCAAUACCUGGCAACCCUGGUUAUCUAUCUUUGACACUAUGAUUCAAUCAAAGUCAUGUUAUUUGUCUUAAUUAACAUUUUGUUUAUUGGUUAUUAAUUUAUGUGCAUCAUCUGUCUUAAUAUUCUCCCUCUUUUAUAUUUACCAAUUUUUGGUUAUUUUUUCAAUUUAAGCAGCCUCUAUACCAAGUAAAUUGAGUGUGAGUGAGUGAGCAAAUCACCUUUGAUUACAAUUUAUGUCUCUAUUCUUGUUGUUGAAGUAAAUCUGUUUUUCGUGAAAUGAUAAGAAUAACAAAUCAUCUUGUGUGUAUAAAUAAGAAAACCCCUGUUAAUUAAUACAUUGAUUUAUAUAUUAUAACAAUCAUUAUUUAAAACAAUGUUCAUGUGAAUAAUCUAGUUAAACGUUCCAAAAGUCAAAGAUAUUUUGUAAAAAAAAUAUAAAACGGUCUGUAAAUAAGGAGGGCACGACCAGUUUCUUGAAAACAUAUCUGUAUACUAGUAAUUCAUAUACAUGCAAUGCAACUUGUUUUGAAAUGCUUAAUUGUGACAAUAUUUUUUUUCUCACUUAUAAUAGAUCGCAUUUGCAUUUUUGGAUAUAGCCUGGCGGAAUGGCUUAAAGAAGGAUUACAAAUGUUGAUGAAAAUUUAUAUCUAUUGCAAAGAAAACAUCGUUGGGGUUUUUUAUGACUGAGAAACAAACGGCAAUUUUCGGCUUACAAUUAAAAUUGGCGGAUAUAUUCAUUUCGGUGUUUGGUUAACUCUCAGCUUCCACUGUUU